UCAAAUCAUACAUUAUGAGAUCAAAUAUAAACAAGGUCAUUUAGAAGCAACGUACACGCGGAAUCGAUCAUUACAAGCAAACUAGUAAUUGAAAGUGUUACCUAUAGAUAGUAGAUUUAUUAUUAAUAAAAUUGUCAAAUGUGUUGAUUUAUUGUUAAUUUUUUGGGUUUAAAAGUGAAAUUGUUGAACAUGUCGUCGACGUUAGUGACUGUGAAUGAAUAUGAAGCAAGGGCGUAUGAAAUUUUACCCCAAAAUGCAAGAGAUUAUUAUAAGAGUGGAGCUGGGGAUGAACAUACGUUGAGUUUGAACAAGGAAGCUUUUAGAAGGUUGCGUAUUCGUCCAAGGUUUUUAGUUCCAGUGUCAAAUCGUGAUAUGUCUGUGGAAAUUUUCGGCGAUCGUGUUAAAAUACCUUUUGGAAUAUCCCCGACUGCCAUGCAAAAAAUGGCCCAUGCUGAUGGAGAAUGUGCAAACGCUAGAGCUGCUGGUGAAUAUGGUACAAUUUUUACCCUGAGUACUCUGUCCACUUGCUCUAUGGAAGAAGUCGCCCAGGCUGCACCAAGUACUAUUAAAUGGUUUCAACUUUACAUAUACUACGACAGACAACUAACAAUUGAUCUUGUGAGAAGAGCUGAAGCGUGCGGUUUUAGGGCUUUGGUGCUAACAGUAGACGCACCAGUAUUUGGUCUCAGACGAGCUGAUAUAAGAAAUAAAUUUAAACUGCCCUCACAUUUAAAAUUAGGCAAUUUCGAGGGCCAAAAAUCCACAGAUAUUACCAUCGAACGUGAUUCCUCAGGGUUGACCGACUACGUAACAAAACAGUUUGAUGGAACCCUAACGUGGGAUGAUGUCAAGUGGUUAAUUAGUAUUACUAAACUGCCGGUUUUGGUAAAAGGUUUACUAACUGCUGAAGAUGCCAUAAAAGCAGUUGAAAUCGGAGUACAAGGCGUUGUGGUCUCUAAUCAUGGAGCGAGACAACUGGAUGGCGUGCCAGCUUCGAUAGAAGCUUUACCAGAAAUUGCUCGUGCUGUGGGUCAUAAAACAACUGUUAUUAUGGACGGAGGAAUUCGACAAGGAGAAGAUAUUUUCAAAGCACUUGCAUUAGGCGCAAAAAUGGUAUUUUUUGGACGUCCUGCUCUCUGGGGUCUUGCUCUCGGAGGACAAAAAGGAGUGGAAAACAUUCUGGGUAUUUUAAAUGAAUUGGACGUAUCAAUGGCUAUUUCAGAACUUACUGCGAACUAA